GACGAGGUUUAAUUAAUUUUAUCACACACUUUUUCCUUUUUUUGUUACAAUGGAUGUCAAAGGUGGACAACAUUCUCAAACCAAUCUGGCAUCUUCUGCUUUAGUAGAAGAAGAUGUUCUGGUUUAUAUUGCAGUGAAAGGCUCAUUGCAUGCAAAUGAUUGUUCUGUCUUUGGUUUAGGACAAGAAGAAAAAAAAGCACUAAACAAGAAGUAUCCAGGCUCUGGUGUAGUUGUUAAUGGAAUCUCUAUCAAGACUAAUGUUCUAGAAGCCAUCAAUUCGCUAAGUCGGUUGGGAUACAAGAUAGUUUCCAGCACUGGCGAAACUGAAAUAACUUGGACGAUGCAACGUGAAAACUAA